CUCUGAGCGUGCACGGGUGGGAAGCUGGAAGUGGAAGUUUUGCCUUAAUUCGAACAUUCUCCACUAACAAAACUUUAUGCUGGAGAUAACAAUGAACACUCCUCCACCUCGCGCCUGUCCCCAAAAUGCAUGAGAAUUUUUCUGCACAUUGAUGAGAGAGAUGUGGAGGAAGAGAGAAGAGGUCAUUUUCAGUGAACACAGCUUUUCCUUUACCCUUUAAACAUUUUUGCUCCCUUUGUUCUUUUCCCAGAUUACUUCUGUUCGCUUGGGGUAUGGUGAUGUCAUUAAUUUCUUAAUCUCAUUUUGUAUGGCAGGGGAUAGCUGUAAAUCAUUUAGGAGACCUAUUUGCAACCCAAAUACUUAGUCUCAGGUGAAAGGGCCGGGUAAAAUCAGAUCUGUUUUCCUCUGAGUGGUUUUCAGCUUGCUGGUUAAUUGAAAAUGCUUACUGCAGUUACUGGUUUAGGUUCCAUUGAAAGCACCAUGGCCAAGAAUUUACCUGUGGUUUCUAUUCAUCAGCUAGGAUUGUGUCUAAGCAGAGCCUCCGCAUCUGUUCUUAACCUCAACUGCAGCCUUAUCCUUUUACCCAUGUGCCGAAUACUCUUGGCUUUCCUCCGAGGAUCACAGAAGGUUCCAAGCAGGAGAACCAGGAGAUUGUUGGAUAAAAGCAGAACAUUCCAUAUUACCUGUGGUGUUACUAUCUGUAUUUUCUCAGGCGUGCAUGUGGCUGCCCAUCUGGUGAAUGCCCUCAACUUCUCAGUGAAUUACAGUGAAGAUUUUGUUGAACUGAACGCAGCAAGAUACCGAAAUGAGGAUCCUAGAAAACUUCUCUUCAUGACUGUUCCUGGCCUGACAGGGGUCUGCAUGGUAGUGGUGCUAUUCCUCAUGAUCACAGCCUCUACAUAUGCAAUAAGAGUUUCUAACUAUGAUAUCUUCUGGUAUACUCAUAACCUCUUCUUUGUCUUCUACGUGCUGCUGAUGUUGCAUGUUUCAGGAGGGCUGCUGAAGUAUCAAACUAAUUUAGAUACCCACCCUCCCGGCUGCAUCAAUCUUAACCGAACCAGCUCUCAGAAUAUUUCCUUACCAGAAUAUUUCUCAGAACAUUUUCAUGAACCUUUCCCUGAAGAAUUUUCAAAACCAGAAGAGUUUACCCAGAACACAUUUGUGAAGAUUUGUAUGGAAGAGCCCAGAUUCCAAGCUAAUUUUCCACAGACUUGGCUUUGGAUUUCUGGACCUUUGUGCCUGUACUGUGCCGAAAGACUUUACAGGUAUAUCCGGAGCAAUAAGCCAGUCACCAUCAUUUCAGUCAUAAGUCAUCCCUCAGAUGUCAUGGAAAUCCGAAUGGUCAAAGAAAAUUUUAAAGCAAGACCUGGUCAGUAUAUUAUUCUACAUUGUCCCAGUGUAUCUGCAUUAGAAAAUCAUCCAUUUACCCUCACAAUGUGUCCAACUGAAACCAAAGCAACAUUUGGGGUUCACCUUAAAAUAGUAGGAGACUGGACAGAGCGAUUUCGAGAUUUACUACUGCCUCCAUCUAGUCAAGACUCCGAAAUUCUGCCCUUCAUUCAAUCUAGAAAUUAUCCCAAGCUGUAUAUUGAUGGUCCUUUUGGAAGUCCGUUUGAGGAAUCACUGAACUAUGAGAUCAGCCUCUGUGUGGCUGGAGGCAUUGGAGUAACUCCAUUUGCAUCAAUACUCAACACCCUGCUGGAUGACUGGAAACCAUACAAGCUUAGAAGACUAUACUUUAUUUGGGUAUGCAGAGAUAUCCAGUCCUUCCGUUGGUUUGCAGACUUACUCUGUAUGUUGCAUAACAAGUUUUGGCAAGAGAACAGACCUGACUAUGUUAACAUCCAGCUGUACCUCAGUCAAACAGAUGGGAUACAGAAGAUAAUUGGAGAAAAAUAUCAUGCACUGAAUUCAAGACUGUUUAUUGGACGUCCUCGGUGGAAACUUUUGUUUGAUGAAAUAGCAAAGUAUAACAGAGGGAAAACAGUUGGUGUUUUCUGUUGUGGGCCCAAUUCACUAUCCAAGACUCUUCAUAAACUAAGUAACCAGAACAACUCGUAUGGGACAAGAUUUGAGUACAAUAAAGAGUCUUUCAGUUGAAAACUUUUGCCAUAAAGCAGGACUCUAAAGAAGGAAUGAGUGCAAUUUCUAAGACUUUGAAACUCAGCGGAAUCAAACAGCUGUGUUAUGCCAAAGAAUAGUAAGGUUUUCUUAUUUAUGAUUAUUUAAAAUGGAAAUGUGAGAAUGUGGCAAGGUGACAGGUCACAUUACAUGUUUAAUCUGGAAACAAAAGAGACCCUGAAGAAUAUUUGAUGUGAUGAUUCACUUUUCAGUUCUCAAAUUAAAACUAUUAGAUGCACACUGUUGAUUUUUAUGGUGGAUUCAAGAACUCCCUAGUGAGGAGCUGAACUUGCUCAAUCUAAGGCUGAUCGUCGUGUUCCUCUUUAAAUUGUUUUUGGUUGAACAAAUGCAAGAUUGAACAAAAUUAAAAAUUCAUUGAAGCUCAAAUUCCA